AUGGCCGCCCAAGUCACCCCCUCGAAGCAGGCUGCUUCCUCCCUCGAGAACCUCAAGAUGAGCGACUCACCCGUUAAGAAGCUCGAUUUCGAGUCCGCCGGCAAGGAAAACGUCGCGUCUUUCAAGCCCACCGACGCGACUGUCGACAAGAUGGGCGACAAGAUCGUUGAGGUCCCCAAGGUCGCUCCUGGUAUCAAGGAGGCCGAGGCCAACGAGCCCCUCCUCCAGGAGAACCCCCACCGUUUCGUCUUGUUCCCCAUCAAGUACCACGAGAUCUGGCAAAUGUACAAGAAGGCCGAGGCGUCCUUCUGGACCGCCGAAGAGAUUGAUCUGUCCAAGGAUCUGCACGACUGGCACAACCGCCUGAAUGAUGACGAGCGCUACUUCAUCUCCCACGUCCUUGCCUUCUUCGCUGCCUCCGAUGGCAUUGUCAACGAGAACCUGGUUGAGCGUUUCAGUGGAGAGGUCCAGGUCCCCGAGGCCCGCUGCUUCUACGGCUUCCAGAUCAUGAUGGAGAACAUCCACUCCGAGACCUACUCUCUGCUCAUUGACACCUACAUCAAGGAGCCCAAGCAGCGCGCCUAUCUCUUCGACGCUAUUGACACCAUUCCCUGCAUUGCCAAAAAGGCCGAGUGGGCCAUCAGGUGGAUUAAUGACCGCGACUCUACCUUCGCUCAGCGUCUGGUUGCCUUCGCUUGCGUUGAGGGUAUCUUCUUCUCUGGUUCCUUUGCCUCUAUCUUCUGGCUCAAGAAGCGUGGCUUGAUGCCUGGCCUGACCUUCUCCAACGAGCUGAUCUCGCGUGACGAGGGCAUGCACACUGACUUCGCCUGCUUGCUAUUCUCUCACCUUAACAACCGCCCCAGCCCCCAGAUGGUCGAGGACAUCAUCAUCGAGGCCGUCGGCAUUGAGCAGGAGUUCUUGUCUGACGCUCUGCCCUGCGCUCUCCUCGGAAUGAACGCCAAGCUGAUGUGCCAGUACAUUGAGUUCGUCGCCGACCGCCUCCUGGUCGCUCUCGGCAACAAGAAAUACUACAACGCUACCAACCCCUUCGACUUCAUGGAGUCCAUCUCCCUGGCUGGCAAGACCAACUUCUUCGAGAAGCGUGUCGGUGACUACCAGAAGGCCGGUGUCAUGGCCUCCACCAAGAAGGAGACCAGCACCGAUGGCGAGCAGAGCUCUGGCAACGACGGCCUCAACUUCGACGAGGACUUCUAA